CACCACGGGGGGGAGAACCCUGGGUGUGGAAGCGCCGUAUCUGAUAAAGUUUCCAGUGAGGUGUGUCUGGUGGGGCUGCAAAAGCCAAUGGCGGGGCUGAAAAAAAAUGAUCCCACACUUUUUCGUUUUUUUUGACCGGAGUCAUCUUUUAACAUAAAGCAUGACUGUUUCCUGUAGUCAUUUCCCGAGUUUCCUUUCUGCCUUUUAAAAGCAGGGUGACCUCUGUACAUCAGUCAUGCUUCGAAGUCCCUUCCAACCUUCUCCCUCCCCUCUGCGAGCAUGAGGUGUGUCUUUCUGCCCUGGGUGACGGCAGCGGUCCUCCUGCUGGGACAUCUGAGCGCCUCGGGAGAAACGGGGCCGGGGGCAUUGCCGCUUCAGAUCAUCAACUUUAAUUUCGAAACCGUGCAGGUGACAUGGAACGCGACGGAAUACUCAGGAGCCAACUGGACGUUCUUCUACAAAUUACGAGACAACGAGGACUACAGAGAGUGUUCCAACUACACCCUUCGACAAGGCUCCACCACCGGGUGCAUCCUGGCCGUAGAAAAAGAUGAACUUCUCUAUUUUUCCAUCAGGCACGGAACAGACUCUCUUCUCGACAAGACACAGUGGAUCAGCAGUUACCUGAAACCCAGGUCCCCGCGGGGGCUGACCUUCCAGUGGCGUCAGGGAGCCGUGACGGUGACGUGCUCUGACCUGCGGUACAGAGGUCUCCUCUAUGAAAUCCAGCACAAGACCACCUUUGACGCCGAGUGGCAGUCCAACGAGGCAAAAACCUGCAAUGUCACCCUCAGCGAUCUGGAUGCUGAGAAGUGCUAUUUCUUCCGGGCCAGAGUGAAAACACUGGAGUCCAGCUACGGCCCUGACACAUACCCAAGCGACUGGUCGCAGGUGAUGCAUCAGCAGCAGGGGAAGCUCAGAGAUUCGUGCCAGGACAAGAGGCUGUCCCCAAAUUUUCUUUUAAUUACUGGUAUGAUCGUCUUCCUGACAGUGUCCCUUCUCUUUCUGUCUUUAUGGAAACUACAGAGGAUUAAGAAGGUCCUUAUGCCCAGUGUUCCAGACCCCAAAUCCACCUUCUCGGGGCUCUUUGAGUCUCACCAAGGAAACUUCCAGGAGUGGAUCAAGGACACCCAGAACGUGACCCACCUGAACAAGACGGAGGAGAGGGAGCAGGCGUGCAUCCUGGAGGAGGCCGUGGUGGUCCAGCUGGCCGAGGCCGAGAGGCCCAAGACAAUGCCGAAUAGCCCCAUGGGCCUGCAGAUGGGGGAGGAAGAGGCUGCCGGGGACCCCUGCCGCCUCCCUCGCCAGCCCCCACAGGGCCGUCAGGUGGCCUCUCUCCAGGGUUUUACUUUUGUGAUGAGUGACAACUCUUAUAUGAUGUUAUGAGGGGGUGCAAACUCAGCAGCCAGCAUCAGAAUCUAUGGGAGGUGGGACCCAAGUGAUGAUAACAGGGGCUCAACAGCAGAAUCCGUCAUGCUGGCGUCUGGGUCCCCCAAUACACUAACUGCCCAGCUGCGGCAUCCCUUUGAAGCUGAUACGUAAGGGCUUGAGGAUCAGCUCUCUAGAGGUGGCAGACUCUUGGUUACACUGGUUGUUGCUCUCAGCUGGCACCUCUUCCGGGUUCACGUAAAUUGUAAGGACAGACGGCCAGGGUACGUGGAAACCACCGUCCUUCCUGCGUGCCCAGCCAGUCCGGGCCAUUUGCCACAUCCCUCAAAAGUGGUUCCUGGAUCCUUAGGUUCUCAGCUCACAUACCCAGCUGGGGAGGCGCGGCACCCCCAAGGAGGCAAGGAAUCCCGCUUGGCCCACACCAGCCAGCCACCCCAUUCUUGCUCCAAAGAGGAAACAAUCCCUAUUGCAACUGCUGAGGCAUUUUGUUAAGCAGACUCUAUUUUAAUUCCUGCAUUGACAUGCUGGACCUGGACGGUGCUUUGCAUCUAAGAGGUAUAUGAAUGUAAAAGCAGUCUACAUGGGAGUUCCCGCUGCGGUGCGAUGGGUUAAGAAUCCAACUGCAGUGGCUCUGGUCGUGGCAGGGGUUUGGGUUCAAUCUCUGACUCCAGGGCAGUGCUUUAAAAGGACCCAGGGCUGCAGCUGCAGCUCGGACCCUGGCCUGGGAAUGUGCAUAUGCCGAAGGUGCGGUUGUAAAAGAGUAAGAUAAAAAAAAUGUCGUCCAGCACAGGGAACUCUAUCAAGUCCCCUGGGAGAGACCAUGAUGGAAGAGAAUAUGAGAAAGGGAACAGGUGUGUGUAUGACGGGGUCACUUUGCUGGACAGCAGACAUGGGUACAACGCAUACAUCAGCCAGACGCUAAUGGAAAAAAAGCACCUUGCACAGACCCUGGCCAGGGUGAAGCAUUAUUAUUUUUUUACAUUGAGAGAAAAGGAAAGUGUUGGCAUGAGAAUUGCUGUGAGAUGUGAGCCGGCGAUGAUGGUCGUGGAGAUAGUGGAACGUGUCACUUUGAUGCCUCAGGCUUCACGUACAGGAUGUUUCUAGAUUUCUAGAUUAUUGAGAUCUUUUUUUUUUCAUGCUGACGCUGGGUUUAUCUUAUCUCUCUCUGCAGGGUGCAGUAAGUAAGCUGGAUCAGAUAUACCUGGAGUGUGUGUGUGUGUGUGUGUGUGUGUGUGUGUGUGUGUUGGGGAUUGUAAUUUUUUCUGUGUGUGUCUUUUAUUUCUUAGGGCCAUACCCGCGGCAUAUGGAGGUUUCCAGGGUAGGGGUCUAAUCGGAGCUACAGCUGCCGGCAUGAAGGGAACUCCCUCAGCUUAAGGCACAAGGUAAAGCCAGAUUUCAGUCAGCAGGACAGAGCUUGAAGCCAAGGACUGCAGUUGAAUCACAGAAGGAACUGCUUCCUUGGGGGAGGCUGUUUGUCUCCAGGCUGUAUCCCGUGGACACCCCCUUCUCAUGCCCCCCAGGUGUGCUCCCCCGAGGAGUGGGGAUGGAAUUCCAUGGUCUCUGUGAAUUCACACUAGGACAGGAAGUUCAUGCGGCAGCUCAGUGGGUUAAGAACCCGCCUGGUAUCCACGAGGAUGCAGGUUUGAUCCCUGGCCUCGAUCAGUGGGUCGAGGAUCCGGUAUUGCCAUGAGCUGUGGUGUAAGCCCCAGAAGUGGCUCAGAUCUGGCGUUGCUGUGACCAUGGGGUAGGCCGGCAGCUGUAGCUUCGAUUGGGCCCUAGCCUGGGACCUUCCAUAUGCCACAGGUGCAGCCCUAAAAAGAAGAAAAAAACAAAAAACAAAAAACAAACAACAACCAGUGGCAGAUGUGCUUUGGGACUUUGGGGCAGGCACAGGGGGCAUCAUGCACCACCAGGCUCCCUUCUGGGUAUAACGUGGGACUUCAAGAGAACAGGUCGGGGGUGGGGUGAUGGAACAUUAGGAAACCAGGGGUGAGGAGGGUUCUGGCCACACUGACCCAGGAGGGUUCCUGCUGACAGUGUGGCCGGAUGAUCAAGCCUGAUAGGCUUCAGGAUGAGGAGCCCAAUCAGAUGUCAGGUAAUCAGAUAUGGAGGGUGGGGAUUCGGGUUAAAUCCACGGACGUGAUUUCUCCCUCAAACUAGGUGAUGCAGGGACGGACACAGAAGUCCCUAAAGUCAGAUGCCUGAUACUGCCCAGUCCAGAAGACAACCUGUUGGGUGGUAACCCUGUCUCUGUCAAUGUCCCAUCAGAGCUGUAACCAUUUAUCCAAUACCAGUGGCUUUUCAGUGACACAGGCAGCUCCAGAUGCCAGAGGACACCUGGAGGCACUGCAGCCAAACCCAGCCUCUGUCCAGCGGCCCCCGUGAAGCCUCAGAGACAGAGUUGGGGUGAAGCAGAAAGACCAGCUCUAUGGCUCUGCCAGGCAGAGGCGGCUCCGGCAGGGGAGCCCCUCCAAACGGGGUCCUCCCUUGAGAGGGGACAGCCAGGGCUCUUCGAGGUUGAGCUGCAAACCAGGGCUGUUGAUGAGGAUGCGGGAGCCUGCCUUCUGCUCCCUCCAGAGGUCACUUCAGAGUCAUCACGGCCACAGUCGGGGGGUCUGGGGACGGUGCCUGGUGGUCUGUGGGGGGAUGGCCCCUUGGGCUUCUCUGUGCAGUGAAGACAGCUCACCAAGGAAGGGGUGUGGGGGAGGGUUUCAGAGGAAGAAAAACCCCACGUGCCACAGACCUCUACGUAGAAAGGAGCCACGACGGACAGAAGCAGUUCAGCAAGGACGAGACCAGGUGUGCAAAGCCGGUUCGACUUAGGUCGUGGCCAAGGCCGGGCUGCACGUCCUGGAGACUCUUGCCACUCGUUUUUAGCUGUCACCAUGUCUCCUUGUCAUGAACUCUGGAGUCAGCGUUUUGAGACGGAAGGGAGGCCUGGGAGGGGAAAGGCGAAGUCUUUUCCCUCCCAACACGAGGACUCAGGGGCUGGCCCAUGGUGUCCACACCGCCCCCCAAAGUCUUCCCAUCUGCAAAGGAAUCACCACCUGCUGUUGAAACCCAUGCGGGUGUUUCUUAUGGCCGCCCCACGCCCCCAUCCUGACACAGACUUGGAUGGAGAAAGAUGACCUUGCGUGUGUGCUCGUGCGAGCGUUCUUGCUGUGCCAGGCCACAGGGAAGGCCUGCUCUGGGGGCUACACAGUCAUGCUUCCAGAAAGCUGUUUUAGUCUGGGCUGUGUGCUGCAGGCACGGUCCACCCCAGGGGACCUGGUUUCUGCCCCUCCCUGGGCUCCGGUUUGAGGGCGGGGACGCCCUUCUCGGCAGGACACAUAAGCCGGGGCCACUGUGCGCGUCCUCCAGCGGAUCAGGCGUGCGGUGGUGGGAAGUUCCCCGAGGUUCAGGGUUCCGGGCCGGUAGAGACACCCUUGUCCGGCGCACACGGCCUCUGCAGCGGGGGUCUCUGGGAGGGCAGUGAGCAGGUGGCCGGCGCUGAUCUCGCCGAGCAUGAGAGCCACGCCAGAGGCGUGGGGGGAGCACUGACCAGCCUGCACUGAGGCAAGAUGGGGUGGUUCUUGUCCCUUGUGCCGUCGGACCUUCCGCUGGAGAGCAGGGGAUGGAUAAACCUCGGCUCUGGCCAGCGCCGGGUGGACAAGUCUCUGGAGUCACCUGAUGGGCAAUUCCAAAGUCACGGGUUAGGGGAAUUCCCCAGCCCCACCCCACAUCCUGAGACUCGCCCCCCACCUCCCCGCCCCGGAGGUUCUCCGUAUGAUUUGAUUUCUGGGGGGUCCCCGGCACUGAGUUCCGCACACACCUCAAAACAUGCAAAAAGGUGGCGGGCGGCACACAGGACAGCCGUGAGUCACAGAUGGUAUCUCCCCUUUUCUGGGCCCACAUCCCCCUGGCCCGCCCCAGCUGUUCCCCGUGCCCUUAUCACUGGCCAUCAGUGUCGGAAAUGACUGUCCCGGGCCGAGGUGCAGCUCCCCAAAAAACCCAGCUAAGAACCCGUGUGCCUGGUGGUGCCGGGAUGUUUGAAGAGGCAGGUGGAACAUGCAAAAGAAGGGGUGCCGGUCCACUGCAUGGACUGGAGGGGACAGCAGCCCUAGAGCUGUGGAGAAACUGACACAGCAGCGGGAAACCUGUCAGGCUGGGCUGUGCUGUGUGACCUCAGGCAGCAUAGGGACUUCUCUGAGCCUGGUCUCCUGUCAGUUGUGAAAACCUACCGCCUCUCCCAGGGCAGCUCUCAGAAAGAAAGGGGUGGACAGAAGCAGGAGCUGGCCAAGCCCUAUUGACUUGGGGUAGUUAGACCCCUGUACAGCCUGGCACAGGCUUUAUCCAAUCCCUAAGGGCAGGCAUCACUCCUGGGAUGUCAUUUAGCUGUAGCGCUUACAGCAGAAAAUCUAUUUUCAGGUGAACAGAUUUCAGGCUUAUAAAAGGAAGUAUUUGUCUGUGUCUCAAGGAGGGUGUGGAUUUAACAAAUUAAUGCAAUCUGUUGACCUUAGAAAGCCCAAUCCAUUGCAUGGAGCCAGUGAACACAACACAGACUGCAGCUGCAGGCACUGCUGCCCACACUGGCUAUGCUGGGUCUUGGGUAUUUUUCUGUGUCCUCUGAAAUUUGUGCAGAUACAAUGUGGCAAGCUUCUGCUGUAACUGUGAGUUUACAGAUGCUCUGGAAUGGAAACAAAAUCCCCCACCAGCUGGAACAGACAUUGCCUCUGUUUAUUAGAAACCACAACCUCUGGCUUUUCUUUUGGACGCAGGCAUUUUUCAUAGAGCCUCCUCUCAGAACAUGGAACUGCAACCCCCCCCACACACACCCCCGCUCCCCCCCAAGCCCAUCAAAGCCGUCAUGGAAUCCGCCACGUCCUGGUCCACGUUACUUUUCUCCAGACAGACUUCUGUCCAUGGGAACCACACGGUGCCUUUCCCCUGCUCCCUCGCUGGGGUGGGCAGAGGGGGUCUCGCGGGCUGGAGGUCCCGGGCUGCUCGGCUCUACCCGCCCAGAAGUCCUGAGGCACCAGGUGCCCUGGGGUCUUGAAUCUCUGUGCAAGCCCCUGAGUCCUCGUGCUUUUGGCUUUUUUUUUUUUCUUUUUAGGGUCACACCUGUGGCGUAUGAUAUGGAGGUUCCCAGGCUAGGGGUCCAAUCGGAGCUACAGCUGCCAGCCUACACCACAGCCACAGCAACGCCGGAUCCGAGCCACGUCUGCGACCCACACCCCAGCUCACGGCAACGCGGGAUCGUUAAGCUACUGAGCGAGGCCAGGGAUGGAACCCAGAGCCUCAUGGAUACUCGUCGGGUUCUUAACCCCCUGAGCCACAAUGGGAACUCCACCUUGAAUUUGGAUGGAAGGAGGUCAGUGCACACUGGAGGCUGCAGCUUGAACAGUUCAGGUGGGACAUGUGGGCCAUGGGGCUGGUGGUGGAAAGAACCUGGGAGGGCCUGGGAUAUUGAGGUAAAAUAAGAAAUACAGGAGUUCGCAUUGUGGCUCAGGGGAAACGAACCCAACUAUACUUUUGUUUUUCCUAAAACCCUCUCAGGUCCCCCGGGGUGAGGGGAGGCACAGCUUUUGUUCUUUACAGUAAGUCCUUUUCACCCCAACAGGGGCCCCUAGAUGCCUUCAGGAUGAGGGUCGGUUGCCAUGGGAACCAAGUUGGCGGCGAGAAGGUUGGAAGUUUCAGUUCCACCCCCUCAGGAAGUCGGGGAGGGAGGAAGGGCUGGAGCUUGGAUGAAUCAACACGCCCAGUGAUUUAAUCUAUCCGUGGAACCUUCAUCAACCCCUAAACGGUGGGUUUCGUGGAACCUUCAUCAACCCCUAAACGGUGGGUUUCGGCAGCUUCCGGUGGGUGACGUCAUGGAGGGGCUGGGAGGGGCUCCUUCUGGCUCUUGGACACAGGACAGGGGACAAGGCCUGCUGGCCGGGGUUUCGGGUGGGAGGGGGCUCCUGGUGCCGCAGAGACGACCCUGGGUCUUCUGUGCUGUCCACGCUGGCAUCCUUUGGAGUGUUCCAGGUGGCACCUGGUUCUGGGCGUGGCCGCCCCCCACGGGGACACCUGUGGCUGUGGCUGCACUCUGGUCCUGUCUGCAGCUGCAGACUCCUCCCUGCACUGCGUGUCCCUCAGCUGGGGUCUGGGCCAUCCUGGGGAAUGAAGGGAGAGUGUCUACUUCCCCCAGUGCUCCUGGGCUGCCCAAGGGGGGUGCUUGAAGCUCAUCGUCCACAGACACUCCUGCCUGCUGCCCCCCAGGGAAGCCUGGAGAGACUCCGGACUGCGGGAUGCCUGAUGUUACAGCCAGGGAGCCAGGCAAACGUCCCUCCCCCCAGCCUCCCCCCUAGAUGCUGCUGCUGCGCCAUGCUGGCCCAUCAGUAGUCCUUGCUGGCCCCAGGGACACAGAUCUUAAACUGUCAGGAGGAAACGGUGGAUGAGGCCAUGGAUGCUGUGAACUGGAGUCGGGCUCUGGCCACCUGCCCCUACACGGAUUGAAUCAUGAGCCGCUGGAGUGGAAUCCACAGAAAGCAUUUUCCCAAAGUAUACGCCCCAGGGAGUUCCUGUUGUGUCCUAGCAGGUUAAGAGUCGGACAAGCAUCCGUGAGGGUGCUGGUUUGAUCCCUGGCUUCGCUCAGUGAGUUAAGGACCUGGGGUUGCCAUGAGCUGUGGUGUGGGUCACAGAUGCAGCUCUGAUUCCUCUGCUAGCCUGGUAACUUCUGUAUGCUGCAGGUGUGGCCCUAAAAAGAAAAAAAAAAAUACAAAAAGCCCCCACAAAAAACCAAAACCAAAACCAACUCCCCCCUAAAAAAGAAACCAAAGUGUAUGCCCCAGGCUUGAAUUAUUGCUGUUUAGCCUGGAUGUGUGGUCAGAAUUUAGCCGUGAAAACAUAAGCUCAGAAAUCCCUCAAGACAAAUAUAGCCUUAGAUUUUUUUUGUCUUGUUUGUUUUUUCUUUUCUGGUUGCGCCAUGGCACAUGGAGUUCCUGGGCCAGGAACCAGAUUUGAGCUGUCGUUGCCACCUGAGCCAUUGCUGCCGCAGCGCCGGAUCCUUUAACCCGCUGUGCUGGGCCGGGAAUCGAACCUGCGUCCUGGAGAUGGCACCAUCCCAUGGUGCCCCAGUGGGCACUGUGUGUCCUCCUUUGGAUGAAACACCCCCUUCGCCUUCGGACGUAGGCUCGUCUCUGUCCCAUCUCUCGCCAGGCGAGGUGUCUCAGACGCCGUGUGUGGGGUUCUUCCUCCACCUGGGGGGGCAAGGGGAGGGGGACCAGUUAGGUUUUUAAUAGGGGACAAAAAAAAGUUUCCAGACAUUGGCCAGGCGCAGCGAGGGGCUUCUGGUUACUUUGGAAAAAUACGUCGUAAAAACGUCUGUUUUCUCAGCAUCGCCGCUGACGACACAUGCACAUUUUCUUCAAUUAG